CGCCAGCCAAUAUUGGACCAUCAAACGGGAAAAAGUACAUUAAUAAAUAUAUAACCAGCUCCUCACUGUUUUUAAAGACAUGUCGAGAUCGCAGUCCUCACCGGAUAUUUACAAGGUGUCUGUAACUCGUACGAGCUCCAAGAGCUUGGACGAAGAACUUCUCGAACUGUGUAAUUUGAGCGGAGUCACUUUAGAUCCUGAUGUCUUCAAGAUAUUGCUGGAUUUGAUAAAGCUUAAUGUUCCACCGCCUUCGUUAGUCACAGUUCUUAAGCAAGUCGCUUCUACUAAGGGCUAUCGAAACGAAGGUCAUCCCGCUUUGUCAGCAAAGUCGAGUACCGGUUCCACUAGUUCGGCAGGAAGCGCUUCAAGUUAUGAGUCUUUACAGUCUUCACAAAGUACCAUUGCUUCUGGAAGUAGUUUGGGAUCGACUCAAAGCCCGAGACUUGAAAGAAUUCCAAUUUCUAGCCGUCUGAGGGAAAUGAAAGCCAACGCUAUGCCGCAAUAGUCUGACUUUAUCUUUGUAUAGAGACAAACCAAUGCCUGGCGUACUUUUCAUUGCAGACACUAAACAAAGAUUUUGUAAUCCUUGCUUAUUUUUUUUUCAGAUUUUAAUACUUUUUAACUGUAAAAUUAAUUGUAAAUGUGUCACCGCAUGCAAGGUUUGGUUUAAUUAUCCUGAAUGUAUGUUAAUCUCACAAAGUGUGGCUACAGUCAGACCCUGAUGUCUUCAAGAUAUCUUUGUUCCACUGCCUUCGAUAGUAGCAGUCCUCAAGCAAGUGGGUACAAACAUGCUUACUGUCAAUGUAGUCACUCACAGCAAAUUGUAUGACUUCAAAGAAAAAACAACAAUUCUUUUACAACCUCUGUUAUAUUAGCUUGCAUUAGUCCUAUGCAAUGAUUGACAUAUAAACUAGAUUUUACUUGGAAUCAUUGUUUCCUGCAAUAUGCUCGAUCAACUUUGCUUCAUCUUGUUUCCCUAACAGUGACUAACAGCUAAGAAUUCCCUGUAAUAUUACCCCUGAAUCAAACAUACACUAGGGUCAGAAGUAUAAAGUAAAUGACCACCAACUAAAAGAGCCCUUGACUGUUAACCAAAUCUACCUUGUGGGUACUAUAAGAAAUGUGUAGAGAACAGUGUGGAGAAUAACGAUGUUAGGCUUUAGUAAAGUGAACCCAUUCACUCUAGUAGCUCCUCACCCCAAGAGGGAAUUAAGCUAUAAUUUCUCUUUGCAUUACUGAGGGGAAUGGGGG